AAAAUCAACGCUUAUCAAUGUCAAUUCUCAAUGUCAUGUUUAAAAAUUUUAUAGCUUACAAUUUUUAAACAUUUAUUGCUAAUGGAAAACUUUACCAAUCAAGAAUUGGCGGAUAUGCAUUUGGCAUACGAAGCAACAAACUGCAAUGCACGAGCAGCAUCGCGGUUGUGUCAUCGCGAACGUUAUCCCGAACGACAGCAUCCUGGAGACAAAAAGUUUAUUGCGGUUCAUCGGCGGCUCGCUGAGAGAGGCAUGUUUAAGGCCAAGAUGCAUGAUACUGGUGUUGCUCGAACCGUAAGAAUGGUCGAAUUUGAAGAAGAGGUACUUCAGCGUGUUGCCGAUGAAUCAUCAAAUAGCACACGUGAUGUCGCUAAGAAUAUGAAUACGAGUAACGCUUCUGUCUGGCGGGUACUAUACGAGCAACAACUCCAUCCUUACCACUUCCAGAAAGUUCAAGGUACGACUGCAGCCGAUUAUUUACCAAGAGUUCAAUUUUGUCGAUGGCUCCUGGACCACAUCAUUGCACAACCAAAUUUUUUACGAUAUAUUUUGUGGAUCGAUGAAGCCUGUUUCACAAGAGACGGUAUUUUUAAUAGUAGGAAUAGCCAUGUUUCGGACGAAGAAAUUAGAAAAUCCUUAUUCAAUUUUUUCAAGAAAACAUCAGAAUCGUUGGUCUGUCAACGUAUGGGCAGGCAUUGUUGAUGAUUAUUUAAUUGGGCCAUACCUUCUACCGGAACGGUUAACAGGACCUAUUUAUCUGCGUUUCAUGGAGGAAGUUCUCCCAGAACUCCUUGAAAAUAUUCCACUAAACGUUAGACAGCAAAUGGGGUUUCAGCAUGAUGGAGCGCCGGCUCACUUUGCUGUACAAGUACGCGAGUAUUUGGUUCAGCGGUUUGGGUACUGUUGGAUUGCCAGAGGUGGAGCAGUUUCUUAGCCUCCUUGGUCACCCGAUUUUUUCUUGUGGGGACAUGUAAAGUCUUUAGUCUACGAAACUCCAGUAGAAUCAGAGCUAGACUUAAUUGGACGAAUAACAGCAGCAUUUGAAAUCAUUCAAAACGAAGAUCAAAUUUUUAGUGUAGUCCGCCGAAAUCAUGUGCGGCGUUUAAAUCGGUGUAUUGAGGUUGGAGGGAGACAUUUUGAACAAUUGUUAUGAUGGUAUCAUAUACAAAAGGUAAAAAUAAAUGCAUCAGAUCCUAUUUAGGUAAUUAAUAUUUUUUCUAAAUUUAAACACGUCUUAGGGCCGUAGUGACACAUUUCCGGACAUGGGUUCCUAUACUCAAAUGGAUUCUACUGUUGCACUGAAUAACCCCUAGAAGUUUGAUCCCAUAGUUCUGAAACACCCUGUAGAUAUUGAAUUGAAUAACCAUAGCAAUUUAAACCAUAGCCCAUAUCCUGCGUAAACUUAGGAGACACAAGACAAGAAGAAGACGUUGACGUGUUAGAUUGAGGUUAUGUUAUUUGUUUGUUUUUUUUAAUGCUGAUUUAGAUUUACGACCUAUCGUAUAAUUGAUGCUACUUUUUUACAAACUGCACAAAAUAUUUUAUAAUAAAUUUCCUUAUGAUAAAGUUAUCUGUAUUAAUUAAAAAAAAAACUUUAUUUAAUGGACCUCCAUAAAAAGUUGAAGCAAUAUGAACAUUUCAUAGAUCAAAAGCUAAAACCAGACUUAAAAGAUAUAGAAUCCACCUUAGCUAAAAAAUCUAUGGAGUGCAAAGAGUGGAUUGACUUAAAAACGGUUGUUGGAAUUAUCUGUGAGUUUAAAGACACAGAUAGAGACAUGAAUGUCCAACUACCUCUAGGGAAUGAUGUAACAACUUUUGCAAAAAUAUGUGACUAUGAAAGUACUUAUGUUAAUGUUGGCUUAGGUUGUAUUUUAGAGAUGGAUCGUGAAGAAGCCAGUAAAUAUGCGGACAUUAGAUUAAGACUUUUACAAAAAGAAAUAAACCACCUCAGAAAAUUAGCUGUUAAUGUUAAAGUUCAUAUUAAAAUGGUGUUACUUGCAAUUAGUGAAUUACAAGCUACUUUAGUUAAUAAUAUAAAGUGAGUAGUUUAAAAAACCCAUGUUUAUUUCAUAUAAAUAAAUACAAUAUUUUAUAAACUAAAAA